CACUAGCUGUGUCGAUUUUUAAGUCGUCUGCUACACACACGUGCAUGAAGGUGGCAACUGGCAGUCUGUUUUUUGAGUUUUCAACAUUUCUCUAAUGUCCGUUUUUCACUGAGUGAUUACGAAAUUUAAACAAAACAUGUACUCCAAUUUAGAAAACAGUGAGAUCGGUCUAUCCGAAAGAGAAGCUAGGAUUUUAGCUCGAUUAAAUGCGCGAAAGAAUCGAAAACCGCCACAAGAAUCGUUUCAAAAUGGUCACAUAGAAGCUGAAAAGAGUAUAAACAAUGAACAAGUCAAGAAAAAGAAGAGAAAACAUUUGGCAUCAGAGACAGAGAUUGCCAAGGAAUGUGAUCUUGUUCACGCUGAAGUGACAGCAGACAAGGAUAAGGAAAAUAAAACAGAAGUAGAUUGCAAUAAUGAAGCUGUUGCAAACCCAGUCCUCAAUGAAAAUGAAACCGACAUCAAACCGAAAAGGAUUAAGAAGAAAAAGGUGAAAACUUUGCCAGAAGGAGUUGAACUGCCAUCACUUGAGGAAAUUAAUGCUGACAAUGCUGAAUGCCAAGAACCAUCACCCAAGAAGAAAAAGAAGAAGAAGACUGGACCAAAGCUCAAGAAAGAUGAAAGCUGCAUUGCAAAUGAUGUAGAAGAGGAAGAUCCAUCAGUAAGUGUUGAACCAGCAAAAAAAGAAGAAGAGCCUGCUGGAACUGGCUUUACUAUUUUGGAAGAAUUCAAAGGCAAUAAAAAUAAUAAAGUUUUCAGAGUUUUGCCCACAUGGCUUGCCAAACCUUCAGUAAUAUCAUGUGACUUGAGCAAAAAUAAGAUGCCAAUUAAAGAGCUAAAUGGACUUGACAAGUUUCUCCAUGAUGCUCUAAAUAGAAACAAAAUCGGGUUCUUUUUUCCAGUCCAACAGCAAGUCAUUCCCUGGUUAUUGGAAUCCCAGCAGCAACUUUUCAGACCUUGUGACAUGUGUGUUUCGGCUCCUACAGGAAGCGGUAAAACAUUAGCGUUUGUCUUGCCAACAAUCCAGGCUUUAUGGAGGCAAAGCGUCCGUAGAUUGCGUUGUCUAGCUGUGCUACCUGUUCACGAUCUGGCAGUUCAGGUCUAUCGAGUCUACUUAUCUUUCUGCGCUGGUACUAAUCUGCAAGUAGCGUUGAUUUCUGGACAAGCGUCAUUUUAUGACGAACAGCAAUUACUGGUUCGAAAAGGCAAAGCUGGACAGUAUCUUACCAAACCGGAUAUUGUCGUUUGUACUCCUGGGCGAUUAGUUGAUCAUCUUCAAAGAACUCCUGGGUUCUCGUUAAAAUCUUUGCGGUAUCUCAUCAUUGACGAGGCUGACAGGAUUAUGGAAGAAGAGCACAAUGAUUGGUUGUUUCAUGUUGAAAAAGCUAUUGGCUUGUCUUCCGAGAAUUUAGUUGCGCAAAAAUUGAGUCGACCAUGGGAAAAAUACGUUCAGAAGCUGCUCUUUUCAGCCACUCUUUCGCAGGACCCUGAAAAACUGACUCGGCUCGGUCUGUUUCAGCCAAAGUUAUUUACUUCAGUUGUGUCGACUGAAUCAGCUGAAUCUACAGACAACACUAUCCAAUCGCAUCACUUUGUCGGAAAAUUCACGACACCAGCUGAGUUAACGGAACACUUCUUCAAAUGCCCACCCAUGCUGAAACCACUCGCUGUGUAUUGUUUGCUGAAAAAAUUCAAAUAUCAUUCGGCACUCUGUUUCACAAAUUCACGCUCAGCUACCCAUCGGCUUUGUGAACUUUUGAAACAGUUUGGAGACCUCAAAGUGGCCGAAUGUUCAUCCGAAAUAUCGAAAGCUCCUCGUGAUAAACUCCUUAAAGAUUUUUCCACCGGCAAAAUUGACUUGCUGGUGUGUACUGACGCAGUUUCUCGUGGUAUGGAUUUGGGUGUUGUGGACUGCGUUAUUUCGUACGAUUCUCCUAAAUAUGUCAAGAACUACAUCCACAGAGCAGGUCGGGCAGCCCGUGCUGGAAGACCUGGAACUGCCAUUACAAUAUUGAUGGAUUCUGAGAUGCAUGGAUUCAACAAACUAUUGGCGAUGGCUGAAAAGAAGAACGUGACACCGCUGGAUAUGCAAGUCGAAGAGUUUGAAACUUACGAAGAACAGUUCCGUAAAGCUCUUGACGGUCUUAAAAACACGGUCAAAGAAGAGAUCCACACCAAGAUUGUACAAAAUGAUCGAGCAAGGCAAAAGAGAGGGUUCAAUCCAAGAUCCAGAACAGGCAAGGUGGUUAGCAAGAAAUUUGUUAAACGCCAAGGUAAGGAGGUUAUUAAACAACCGAACCAAUGAUUUUGGAUAAUAAAUAACCAAUUUGUGAUUGAAGAGUGUAUUUUAUUUCUGAACACGCAAUACAUAAUGCAUUCAGUUUUUGUAAGGUA